UAAAUUUCAAGUGCCAGGUUGUACAUCUCCUGGUCGUUUCUUUGAGAAACAAGCAUACACGAGAGAUUUUAGGAUAAUUUUGUAAAAUGAGAAUAUAAAGUAUAGUGGAAGAUGUAGCAUACUUACAAGGAUUACUAAAUUGAACUUUUUUUAAUUGUGUGGUUUGCAGACGUAAUAUUAUACAGGGAACAUAAGAAAGAUACAAUGUAUAACACGUGGUUACAUAUCGAUUUGGAAUGCUAGUAUAAUGUAGUAUAAUCUUCGAACUUUUCAUUUUCUUGCAUAUGGAGUUGUUUGCAUCAGCUAUUUAAGAGAGAAAUUCCUAUUUUUCUCUGCCUUAAAGGAAAUAAAAGAAACACUCCGCUGUCAAAUAUUUCCUCAGCCGUGCGGCUAAUCGACGUCAUUGUAGAUUCGACACUUGGACACAUUGCAUACUGAUUGUUGUUAAGCAGUCAUAGGGAAUUCGAUCCGAGCGGGACUGCUUACAUUCACUGUUAAGAAAUUGGUCCUUCAUCUAGUUCAAGCCAACGGGGAAACGAGCCAAGCCAGUUCGAGCAAACGGGAUUCGACUGACAGUUGUAAAACAAUUGAUUCCGUGUCUGAAGUAAAGCUCAUCGCAUAUGUGCACUCAUACAGCUAGAGCUACAUGACAAGCUAAUUAACAGAUUUUUAGAUUAUCGUAUCUGGGCGUAGCAUUCGUGACUUGAUUAUCUAUAAGACGUCCGACCCGGGGCUGUUUUCACUUUUGUUAAAAGUGUUGAAGUAAAAUAUUUACAACUUAUACUUCCAAAACUGUCUUGAAAUAUUAUGCAAACAAUUAAAAACAUCUCAAACGAAUCUGACAAUUUGAAUUAUUGUGACCUCGUUUUGGUAUUAGGCCACUUCCGUUAAGGAUGACGUCAUUUUUCCGGAAACGUAAGAAAACACUGAAUGCGUUCAGCAUGACGGAUGCUAUUGAAGAAGGAAAUAAUGGCUUAUCAGUGGAAAGAAAGUCGUCGAAUUUUAAGAAGUUUAUCCGGAGUCCUCGCUCCAAGAACAAACAUUCCAAAAGCCGGAACUCUAAGGAUAGUGACGUCACUUCCCCUGGAGGUAGUGGCCAAGUGACGUCCUCGUCAGCGUCAAACGGCAUGGCGAACGCGAAAACGUGCGCCAACGAAGGCAACCAUGACCAACGUGUUCCGAAUGGAUUAAACGACAAAGACAGCGAUUUGCUGCACGUGUUCCAAAUGUUCGACAAGAACAAGGACGGAAAGAUCUCAUCAGAAGAGCUGGGCUGCGUGUUACGGACGCUGGGCCACGAACAUUCGCAAAAAGAGGUGGAAGACAUGAUUAAAAACGCAGACACGAACGAAAACGGGUACGUAGAAUUUGACGAAUUUUUGACGAUGAUGCAUCGACACAAGGACUCCGAGAGUGGGGAACUCGACCCUAAUUCCGCGGAGGCGAAAAAGCUAGAAGCGUUCCGAGUGUUUGAUAUGGACGGAAAUGGGUUUAUAGACAAACAUGAACUCAAAUGUGUUAUGAGAAGGUUGGGAGAAACCCUUUCGGACGACGAUUUAAAAGCCAUGUUUUCCGAAGCAGACCUCAAUGGGGACGGAUUAAUAGAUUUCGAAGAAUUUUCCCGGCUAAACAUGGCCUGAAGUGAAGCAGCUAUUUUGAACAGUAAAAGUCGGAAUUAACUUUCUUGUUUCCCAAAUGUUUCCACAAACCCGUGUAUAGCCUCGCCCGAACAGUCAACUUGCACACUUUCAUUCGUCGAUGUUCACACUUUCAUCGCCCUUUGGGACACGCGUAUCAACACACAUGAUCCUGUGACGUGUGAAAUUGUGAAUGGAUUGGAUUAUUCAGUUUAGCGGAAAAAUCUAAUAUCUUUUUGUUAUUAUUUUGCUCAUUUUUUUUGCAUUUUGGUUACAUGUAUAUUUUUCAGAAUGCAUCUAUAAUUUUUCUUAUAGCGUUCAGUUCAAAGGAAAAUUACGUUCAGUGUCAAAUUAUGAAAAAUAACGAAUUCAAAUAUUUAUAAUCCUGAAAGUGAAUAGUAGGAUUUCCUGUUCAAAAAAGUCACCUUUUUAACUAUAGCUACGAUAAUAGUGUUAAAUGAAUGCUGUAAUUUUACACAAAAUCCUGAAUAUCACUAUUCUAACUUGGUCAACAACAGCAACACAUUGACGAAUAACAACAACAGCAAGAACGAACAGUCUGGAAAUCUUACCACAACAGCAACAUCUUGAAGAAUAACAACACCAGUAGUGACAGUUGUGAAAACUUACCACAACAGCAACAUCUUGAAGAAUUGUUAACAACACCAGCAGUGACAGUUGUGUAAACUUACCACAACAGCAAUAUUUACAACAGAUAUGUGAACGACAUCAGUGGCAAAAGCAACAACAACAGCCACACUAUCAUUAAAAAACGGAAUCAGUUUGUUUCAUAAUGUAAAUAUGACAACCCUAAAACCGUGAAGUAACUCAUAUUAAUAACAGGUAUUAAGUCGAUAUAUUUUCAUCGUCAAAUUUGUAUUUUGUUUCGUCUGCAAAUCAUGUCAAAUGCCUCGAGAUUUCUUUGUCUGCGUCGUUGAUGGCGUCACACUUUCGUUUCCGGUCUAUGAAAUUUGAACACUGGGUCAGUAGGUCAAAAUCAAGGUCAUGGUGUCAUUUAUAAGACAAAUAAUAGACUCUGCCGACAGGUCACACAUCCGGUUUCCGGAAUUCUAGUUCAUCAAUAAAUGCAAAAUAUUUCCACUUUGCAUUUUCACAUGUUUCCGACAUUGUUGGCAAUUUAAAUGGUAUGUUUUCUUUAUCUUGAAAAGGCCAGUUCAACCCAAAAAUUGUUUAUUGUAAUGAUAUUAUCUGAACUGUUUGUAGUACAUGUUUUACGGGACUUGAUGGUUUACACUUUCAAUUUAAGUACAGUCGAACUCCGUUAGCUCGAACUCCCAGGGACAUCCCAGGGACCGGCGAAAAUACCUCGAGCCUCGGAAAAUUCGAGCAAGGCGAAGAUUGUUUACCUUCAGUUUAAAGAAAUUGGUCCUUUAAAUCUAGUUCGAGCCAUCGAGGAAUUCGAGCCAAGCGGGAUUGUUUACCUUCAGUAUAAAUAAAUCGGUCCUUUACAUCUUGUUCGAGUCCACAAGGAACUCAAGCCAAGCGAGUUCGACCAAACGGGGUAUCGACUGCAGUGCAACUCCUAAUGCAUUUGGUGAUAAAUUUAUUAAAAUGUAUGAUUCAAAGCUUUUUAUCAUAACAUUUUAGUACAAUUUUAACGCAUAUGAUAAUGACUUAUAAUUAACGAUGAUAUACUUUUAUAUGUACACAAUGUUUUACGAAAACUAUGCCAAAAUUAAAAAAAAAUAUAUGCAUCUUUACGUUAGUUGUGCGUAAAAAAAGGGUGUGUGGUUGUUCGGCGCUGUGUUUUAACUUUUAUGUAUUUAUUAAAGCAGCUACAUAUACAUAUUUUAACUCUUUUUCGAUUAACCAUUGUCAUGAUUUUUUGUUUAAUUUCAUUUUUUUUUAAUUUAGAAAACCAGAUCGACUUAGAAUCGAUUUUUUAGAAGAUUUACUGGGUUAGUUAUUUUCUUACAUGUAUGUUCACUCAAUAUAUAUCGAACUAUUGGUCAGUGAUUUUUCGGAAAAAAACCCAACACGUUUCAUUAUUUGUAUAACAGCUUUACAUUUAAACUGAUCAAGAAGCGAAAAAGACAGACGAUAAUGUGUGUUCUUGAUUCAAUAGUAAGGAUGGAAUCAAAUUUAUUUAUAAUUCAUAUAUGACACAUCUUGAUUUUGUAUUUUGAUAUUAAUACCAUGCUUUUUUGCUACAAAACUUUAGAAAAAAAACAGCAUUUCUAGCUUUUUCACAACAAAUUUCUGCACAUUCCAUGAUACGGUAUAAGGGAGGUAACUCGAAGAAAAGUGCUAAAAUUUAUCAACAGUGCAGUUACGCAUCUUGAAUACGCAAUAUCGAAUACCUAUAUUUCUUACUGGAAAUAUUUUCCGUUAAAACAUCAUUUUCAACAUAUUGAUAUAACAUGAUAUAUGAGGUUUCCUAUGCAUUGUGUUACAAAACUAAUUAAAUUGUUUAAAAUGUCUUGUGUUAUUUGAAUGCGCUAAAUAUUAGCUCUAAAAUACGAAACUAACUUCAAAUAUUUAGCGUAUUCAAAUUGUAGUAUUUAUAAGUGUUGAAUUGUUUAAAUUGCAUAAAAAGAGUUAUAGUCCUUUACCGCAUUAGUUCACAAAUCCACCCAAAUACUUGAUUCUAAGCCUUAAGGGGAUUAUUUCACAUAAGUUAUGUUUUUUGAAUUACAAUUGUUGAGUAUUGUUAUAACGUUUAUUCGGUAAAUGAGUCGUUUUCCGCCAUUUUCCAAAAAAACAAUAAAGCACCGUUCACUUUUUUAAUCUUCCGAGGACAACUCCUUAUUAAAACUAUAUUUCAAAGUUAAAACUAAAAUGUUCCUGCGAUUGAGUACGUGAGAAAACCCCUUUAAUCAAGGUAUAUAACUCUUUUACAAUAUGUAUACUAAACUUAUGUAUAUUUCCUGUUAUUGUCUCCCCUGUGAUAUGGUCACGUGACGAUGUGACCACGUGGUUUGUGCAAUGUUGUUUUGAUAUAAUUUAAUGUUGUUAAAAUUGCAAUUUGAUUUCAUAUGUAAUUCUUUCUCAUUUCUUUUUUUUUCUUUUUAGAAACAAAACAACAACAACAACAACAACAACAACAACUAUUUUCUUUAAAUUUUAUAUCAUAUUAAUUCAGACAAAUAUUGAUAUAACUGAAAUACUAAAAUUAAAAUUAUUAUCAUACUUUGUUCCCAUUGUAUCAUUUGUUUUAUUUAGCAAUUAAAUGAUAAUUACAAAAUUAAAAUUAUUGGCUUGUAAUAAAGUAAUAACUUUUUUCUAUAAGUCAUGAUUGUAAUAAUGAUAAUGAAAUAAAGUUUUUAACCGAAAACGAAGCCUAUUCGUGUGAAAUCGUAAUACAGUCAAAACUCGCUAUGUCGAACUCGUCGGGAUCUCUGGAAAUAAAACACUUCGAGAUAACGAUAAUUCGAUUUAUCCGAAAUACAAAACAUGUCAGACAAACUGAACCCAGCUUUUUGAAAAAAGUUCGACUUAACCGAAACAUCGAGAUAACAGAGUUCGAGAUAGAGAGGUCAGGAUGAUCAGUUGUAAAACCGGAAGUCUGCAAAAUGGCAAUUUAAAUCUUUUCUGUGAUAAUAUUAUUUUUUUCUAUUUUUUACUGAAACCGAGAGUAGCAUUUCUCGCGUGAAACACAUACUCUGCGAUAUAUACGCUUUUAACGUACGUAUAUUUGUUAAAAAAUAAACUUUGUGGUUUACAUAAUUUAUUUUUUUGCAAUAGUUUAUUUGAACACAUGCUUAUUCUGUAAGUCAUGUUUGUAUCAAUUAGUUUCACUGAUUUUUUUCUUAUUAUUUCUUUCUAUUUAACGUUUUCCACCUUGCGUCUUGUUAUGAAAUGUUUGUUUUUUGAACACCCAUGUGACUGUACACGUCAUUUUAUACCAGAAAAGAUGUAUAUAUUUCUUUGUAUAUACUUGUUAAAAUAUUUGGAGAUUUA